AUGUCAAGCAUAACACAGGCAAGGCUUCAAGAGGAGCGGUACAACUUCUCCGUUCCCUUCCUCCGCUGGCAGCGCGCUGACCUCGCACAUAGGAAGCAGUGGCGCCGCGACCACCCCUUCGGCUUCUACGCACGCCCCGUCAAGAACGCCCAAGGCAUCCUCGACAUCAAGAAGUGGGAAUGCGGCGUGCCCGGCAAAGAUAAAACAUUAUGGGAAGGCGGCCUCUUCAAGCUCGAAGUCACCUUUCCUGACGAGUACCCCACGAAACCCCCGAAAUGUAAAUUCGUGCCCCCGCUCUUCCACCCAAACGUCUACCCCAGCGGCACAGUCUGCCUGUCGAUCCUGAACGAGGAGGAAGGCUGGAAGCCGGCCAUCACGAUGAAGGAUAUCCUGCUGGGCAUCCAGUCGCUGCUCGACGAGCCGAAUCCGGAUAGUCCUGCGCAGGCGGACGCAUACAAUCUGUUCAAGAAGGACCGGAAUCAAUAUGAGAAGAAGGUGAGGCAGGUUGUCAAGGAUAAUCCGGCGCCUUGA